AUGUGUUCAUGUCUUCAGAUCCCUCAAUGGUGUGCAGAGUUCUGUCUGUCUGCGCAGUACCAGCACGGUGUGGUGGUGUGCAGUCAGAUCCAGAGGCGGCAGGCUGUCGAUUUGGCCCUCCGUGUUGCAGACGAGAUGGACAUAAACAUCGGCCACGAGAUUGGAUACAGCAUCCCGCUGGAGACGUGCUGCUCCAACGAUACUAUUCUCAGGUUCUGCACUGAUGACGUCCUGCUGCGGGAGAUGAUGUCAGACCCCAUGCUGGAGCAUUAUGGGGUGGUGGUGAUAGACCAGGCCCACGAGAGGACCGUGAGCACAGAUGUUCUCCUGGGUCUGCUGAGAGAGGUGCUUCUCCAGCAGCCCGAGCUCAGAGUGGUGGUCCUGUCCGCUCCGCCUGCUUCAGACACACUCCUCACACACUACGGGAACGUCCCAUGCCUGCACCUGGACGCCCCGUGCGCCGGGGAAGUGAUCCACAGCAACAGCAGCAGCGCUGAAAGCUUCUAUUCGGCUCUGAGACUCGCGCUGGAGGUCCAUCGGUCCAGAGAGCCAGGAGACGUAGCUGUGUUUUUAGCAUCUGAGCAGGAGGUGGUCUGUGCCUGUAAUAUUCUCACUAAAGAAGCGACCAGGAUGAGUGUAUCUCUGGGAGAGCUGAUAGCUGUACCACUGUGUCCCGGACACACUGGAAUGUGUCCACAAAUCACAGAAAGCCCACAGAAGAGAAGGCGGGUCUUCAUUUCCUGUAGCCAAUCAGAGGAUCUGUUUUGGCUGGUAGACACCAUUACAUUUGUCAUCGAUACUGGAGUGGAGAAGAGAUUAGUGUAUAACCCACGAGUGAGAGCCAGUUCAGAGGUCAUCCGACCCAUCAGUAAAUGUCAAGCCGAAAUGCGUAAACGACUGACUGGAUCAACAGGGAAGUGCUUCUGUUUGUAUCCUGAGGACGUUCAGCUGCCCGCUGAGAUCCCUCCUCGCAUUCUGGAGUCCAACAUCACGUCCACGGCGCUCUAUCUGAAGAGGAUGGAGACGGCCGGGAUCGGACACUGUGACUUCAUCAGCAGACCUGAUCCCGAGGGCCUCAUGCAGGCGUUAGAGGAGCUCGAUUAUCUUGCUGCUUUGGACAACGAUGGAAACCUGUCUGAGAUGGGCAUCAUCAUGUCAGAGCUUCCUCUGGAUCCGCAGAUGGCGAAGGCUCUGUUAGCGUCCUGCGAGUUUGACUGCGCUAGCGAGAUGCUAACCAUCGCUGCAAUGCUCACAGCACCAAGCUGCUUCAUCGAUCCUCCCGUUGGCAUGGUAACAGAAGUCAUGCGCUGUCAUGUGAAGUUCCAGCAUCCUGAGGGCGACCACUUCACCCUCAUCAACAUUUACAACACCUUCAAACGCAGCCAGAAGGAACCAUAUUUCAGUCAGGAGCAGUGGUGUGAGGAGUACUUCCUGUGCUGCGACGCCCUGCAGACAUCAGAUGCCAUCAGAGCCCAACUCACAGACAUCCUCAAACGCAUCGAGCUUCCUAUUUCAGAACCAGCCUUUGGCACCAAAACCAACGCACUCAAUAUCAAGAGAGCACUGCUCGCUGGCUACUUCAUGCAGAUUGCCAGAGAUGUGGACGGUUCGGGGAAUUACUUCAUGCUGCUGAACAAACACGUGGCUCAGGUUCACCGUCUGUCGGGUUACGGAGCAAAAGCUCAUAAACUGGGUCUGCCGGAGUGGAUUCUGUUCCACGAGUACAACCUCUCCGACAACAACUGCAUCCGCACCGUCACACAGAUCUCUCCGCAGGCGUUCCUUCAAAUGGUGCCGCAGUAUUUUUUCUGUAAUCUGCCACCUAGUGAGAGCAAAGAGAUCCUGCAGCACAUUCUGGACAGAGACAGGACGGGGAAUGCAAGAACAAAACCUCAACCAGCCGCGAUGGAAACAAAGACAGAAGAGGCCGAAUCACAUGACCGGUGUGUCGUACAGUGAACCUCAUCAAAUCAUUCUUGUGUAAAUAGUGUUCAAAUGUUUUGUAUUGUUAACGCUUGAAAAGAUACUCAAAGAAUCCUGUUUGGGUGGUUUAUUUGUGGGCAAUUUCAUCUGAUUAUGUACAGAAAUAAAUUAUUUCACUGGUUUUGGGUGAUUUGGUGUCAAACUGUUUUGUGGCCAGUUUAUACAUUAUGCCUUAAACUCAAGGCCUGGGGCAUUAAACAUCUUUUUUUAUUU